CUACCUUUUCUGCCAAAGCUAGUUUCAUAGUAAAACGGAAAGGACACAUUUGUAAGCAACAACUGAGCAAAACUGGCAGCAUCUUAAGUCUCACCAAAUCCAAAACGUAAACCCUUGUUUCGCUCCGUUCCCUUCCGUUUUGAAGACGAUUCUGCCCAGAUGGACAUGCACUUCCAGUACAAGAAGGACCACACCUUCGACAAGCGCCGCAACGAGGGCGACAAGAUCCGCCGCAAGUAUCCGGAUCGUGUGCCCAUCAUCGUGGAGAAGGCCCCGAAGACCCGGUACGCCGAGCUGGACAAGAAGAAAUACCUGGUGCCGGCCGACCUGACGGUGGGCCAGUUUUACUUCCUCAUCCGCAAGCGCAUAAAUCUGCGUCCCGACGACGCCCUCUUCUUCUUCGUGAACAACGUGAUACCGCCGACAUCGGCCACCAUGGGAACACUCUACCAGGAGAACUCCGACAAGGACUACUUUCUUUACAUUUCCUAUUCCGAUGAGAACGUCUACGGACGGCAGUAGACUUGGGUUUGCCCCUGACUAAUCGUUUUGCUCGUCGGCGGUUGGGUUUCAAUUGUCACUUUUCACCAUUCCGCAAGUUCAUCAAUAAAAUGACUGGUCCUAGCCAGCUAGCCAGCUAA